UUCUCUCUCUCCUCUUCACGGCGUUCUGUUCUGUAUCAGAUUCAGUGCUUUCUGCUACCUGCCAUUUUUAUUUUAUUUAUUUCAAAAUAAUAUAUUUUAUAUUUAUUAUUUUAUUAAUCAAUAAAUGCUCACUCUUCAAAUAUCUCACUCUUUCCCUCAAUCAUCUUUUUCACUUCAUUUGACCUAAUUCCCCAAUUUUCCAAUUCCAUCGAUUUCGCCCUUAAAAUCAUUCCUUCAUUUUUAGGUUCUCAAUUCCAUCGAUCACAGAGUACUGAAGGAGCACUGUAUGUGAAAAGGAGGGGAUUGUGUCCUCUCCUUUGUGAUAACUUAAUUGUUGUGAGAUUCGUGCUUUCUGAAUUGAAAAAAUGUAUCCUUCGUUAACAGACAGUGUUGGAGGUUCUUCUUCUUUAUCUUCUUCUUCUUCAGGACCCAUUUUAAUUCCGAAGCGUUUUGUUUGGCCUUAUGGAGGAACAAGAGUUUAUCUCAUUGGCUCUUUCACCAGAUGGUCAGAGCAUAUACCCAUGUCUCCGAUGGAAGGAUGUCCUUCUGUGUUUCAGGUUAUUUGCAGCUUGAUGCCGGGAUAUCAUCAGUUCAAAUUUAAUGUGGAUGGUCAAUGGCGGUAUGAUGAGCAACAGCCAUUUGUAAACGGGAACUAUGGCGUAGUAAAUACUAUUUACUUAGUAAGAGAACCAGAUAUUUUACCUGUCAUCUUAAGUGCUGAAACAUCCAGUAGGUCCCACAUGGAGGUUGAUAAUGAUGUCUUUGGGCAUGCAGAAGCUAAUCCAAGGAUGUCGCCAUCUGAUCUGGAGGUCUCUCGCCGCCGUAUAUCUAAAUUCUUGUCUGAACAUACUGCAUAUGAUUUGCUUCCUGAAUCUGGGAAGGUCAUUGCCUUGGAUGUAAAUUUACCAGUUAAGCAAGCAUUCCAUGUUCUUUAUGAGCAGGAUGUAUCUAUGGCACCGCUAUGGGAUUUUUGCAAGAGUCAAUUUGUUGGAGUGCUUAGUGCAAUGGACUUCAUUCUCAUAUUGAAAGAGUUAGGGACUCAUGGAUCACAUUUGACUGAAGAACAACUUGAGACUCAUACUAUAGCAGCCUGGAAAGAGGGAAAAUCAAAGCAACGCAGGGCACUUGAUAAUAAUGAGGGAUCAAAUCCUCAUUGUUUUGUUCAUGCUGGGCCCAAGGAAUGCCUAAAAGACGUGGCUUUGAAGGUUUUGCAAAACAAGGUGUCAACUGUUCCUAUCAUUUCUUUAGAGGAUGGUUCAUUUCCCCAACUGCUGCAUCUUGCUUCCCUAUCAGGAAUUUUAAAAUGUAUAUGCAGGCAUUUUGAGCACUCUGCUGGUUCUUUGCCCAUUCUUCAACUUCCGAUUGCUUCGAUACCUUUGGGUACAUGGGUGCCUAACGUUGGGGAUCCAAAUGGACAGCCACUGAUAAGGCUAAGGCCAAAUGCUUCUCUUGGUGAUGCCCUGUCGAUGUUUGUUCAAGCUAAAGUUAGCUCAAUACCAAUUGUGGAUGAAAAUGAUUCAUUGCUUGACAUAUAUUCAAGAAGUGAUAUUACUGCAUUGGCUAAAGAUAAAGCAUAUGCUCGGAUAUCCCUGGAUGAAACUAAUAUUCAUCAGGCAUUAAUUUUGGGACAAGAUGCAAAUUCUCCUUAUGGUCUUAACAAUGGGCACAGAUGUCAUAUGUGUUUGAGGUCUGAUUCAUUGCACAAAGUGAUGGAGCGGUUGGCUAAACCUGGGGUUAGGAGACUCGUGAUUGUGGAAGCUGGUAGCAAGCGUGUGGAAGGGAUUAUUUCAUUAAGUGAUGUUUUCAGAUUCUUAUUGGGCUAGUUGGGGUAUAUUGACAGUCUUAUUUAUAUGAAUUAUGAAGGGAAUAGCAGUGUUAGUAGCAUCGGAAUGGAACUUUUCUGCUCGCACAUGUUUUCUUAUUAUCAUCUUUGUUCGGGGGGACAUCUUUUGCUGUUUGCCCACAUGCAUUUUUAGGAUAGAAAUUGGAGAGAAAAUUCUGUAAAUUGAGGAUCAUUUUUCUCCAUUGUGCCGGCACAUCUGCAAUAUCCGUGUCCAGUGCUAACAGAAUUCAAGGAGAAACUUCAUAUUUUUUUAAUAAAAUAAGGACUAGGGAAAGAUUAAAUAUUUAGCCAUAUCGUUGGCUGGUUGUAAUUUAAGGUUUAUUUUUUUUCUUCAGAUAAUUAUGAUCUUACAUUUUUCUUAGCAGCUAAAGUUUCAUGGCUUGA